GGCUCAGGGGAAUAGUUUGUGCUGCGUACGAUGCUGUUCUCGACAGAAAUGUGGCCAUCAAGAAACUGAGCAGGCCGUUUCAAAAUCAAACGCAUGCCAAGCGAGCUUAUAGAGAGCUAGUCCUCAUGAAGUGCGUCAACCACAAAAAUAUUAUCAGUUUAUUAAAUGUCUUCACACCACAGAAAUCACUGGAGGAAUUUCAGGAUGUUUAUUUAGUAAUGGAGCUGAUGGAUGCCAACUUGUGCCAGGUGAUUCAGAUGGAGUUAGACCACGAGCGAAUGUCUUACCUGCUGUACCAAAUGCUUUGUGGCAUCAAACACCUUCAUUCCGCAGGAAUCAUACACAGGGAUUUAAAACCAAGUAAUAUUGUGGUAAAAUCUGACUGCACAUUGAAGAUUCUGGAUUUUGGACUGGCCAGGACAGCAGGCACUAGCUUCAUGAUGACUCCCUAUGUGGUCACUCGUUAUUACAGAGCACCAGAGGUCAUCUUGGGAAUGGGCUACAAGGAGAAUGUGGAUAUAUGGUCAGUAGGAUGCAUUAUGGGAGAAAUGGUGCGCCACAAAAUCCUCUUUCCAGGAAGGGACUAUAUUGACCAGUGGAAUAAAGUAAUCGAACAGCUGGGAACACCAUGCCCGGAAUUCAUGAAGAAACUCCAGCCGACGGUGCGGAACUACGUGGAAAACCGACCUAAAUAUGCUGGCCUCACUUUCCCCAAACUUUUCCCAGACUCUCUCUUUCCAGCUGACUCAGAACACAACAAACUCAAAGCUAGCCAAGCCAGGGACCUUUUGUCAAAGAUGCUAGUGAUUGACCCAGCCAAGCGGAUAUCAGUGGAUGAGGCCUUACAGCAUCCGUACAUUAAUGUUUGGUAUGACCCGGCAGAAGUGGAGGCGCCACCUCCGCAGAUAUACGAUAAGCAGCUGGAUGAAAGAGAACACACAAUUGAAGAAUGGAAAGAAUUAAUCUACAAGGAAGUAAUGAAUUCUGAAGAAAAGACUAAAAAUGGUGUAGUAAAAGGACAGCCUUCUCCUUCAGGUGCAGCAGUGAACAGCAGCGACAGCCUCCCUCCAUCCUCAUCCGUCAAUGACAUUUCCUCCAUGUCCACUGACCAGACCCUGGCAUCGGACACUGACAGCAGUUUGGAAGCUUCUGCAGGACCCCUCGGUUGUUGCAGGUGACUAGCCGCCUGCCUGCGAAACCCGACGUUCUUCAGAAGAUGAUGUAAUUUAGGGGAGGGGGAUUUAAAAAGAACCAUUGCGAUUAUAAAAAAAAGAAUGUUGAUGAUGGCGAGGAAGAGAAAUUAAAAACAAAAAAAAGAGAGAGAGAAAUCUAUCCGAGAUUAAACAAAAAAAACCUUUUCAGCCUGCUUCUCCUAAACGAGUUAUGUAAUGCAGCUAAGCUCAAGCGAAUAUUUAACUUAUAGUUGCUCUGCUUUUUGGUCUUCUUCCAAUGAUGCUAAGUGCAAAAAAAAAAAUCAAAAGAAGCCGUUUUUCAUAAAAAAUUGCAAAAUCAAAUGGCUGCAAAACCAGCAAUCUGCAACUGUCCUUUUUCACGUUGGCAUGACAAGGUGGGCAGUUACUACCCCUUGGUGUGAUUACAUGUGUGCCUAUCUAACCUCUCUCUGUUUCCACAUAGGCAGAUCAACAGAGGAAUGCACAUGUAUCUUGGUGUACAUACACACAAUUAUGCACUUGCUGGUAUCCAUAGCUCUGUGUGUACAUCUGUCUAGCGAGCUGGAGGGUUUAUGUACACGCACAGCCUGCCGCAGAGAACCCGACCUCCCCUUUUUUGUACGUAAAUCCCAUCUGUAAUAUAAUUCCCAGUGUACAGUCUGUUGUAGCUGUUUCAGUGAUUAAUUUAAAUUAUCUUCAGACACAUAGAAACAAAGUCAAUCUGAAAUUCACGGUGAACUUUGAUGUAGAGUUCUGAAGUUUAGUAUUCCUCUUUGUUAACUCCCAUUUGUAACGGGAAAAGAGGCUGGAGGAUCAACCAGGAAAUUCUUGAUAUUGAUGCUCUAGAAUUUACUUCUGGUUUUUAUAAUGGAGAUAGAUAGAUAUCUAUGUCUCGAAAAGGAGGACUGCUUUGCUGCGGGAGGUGAUUAGCAUCGGAACUUGACAGAAAUCAGGGAGAAUUUCCCAGGAUCCUCUUGAUAGGAAACCAGAUAGUAAACUUAGAAAUUGAGCGCCAAAAUUUAGUAGAGUUUGGAUGUCAAGAAAACAGAUUACGAGGAAGGGUAGCCUACUUGGCCACUCACCUAAGCUGAGGUUGCCAAGACUAUUUGAUAAUCUGACAGUGCAAUCCUAUGCAGAAGUAUUCCAAUCUAAUCCCAUUGCAAUCAAUGCGUGGGAUGGCCCUGUAAAUGUAGGAAAGGCAUCUUGCAGAGAUCCUUGCUGAGGAGGCAAGAUCUGUUACACAUGAGUGGAAGAUCCAUGGAGGAUGAAAGCACAUUGAAAGCUUCUUCCUUCCUUGUAGAGCGCUGGGCAGGGAAGAACUCCAUCUAGGUGCUUGAGACUGGGAGUGACUUUUAAAAAAUGAGCUGAAAUAAUUUCCCUUGUGGGGACCAUUGCUCAGAUAUUGGCGAAUUCUUAGCUGCUUUUUGCUUUCUCCAAUGCUCCCUCUUUAUCUGAGACAAAUCAGUUGAACCCACAGUCUCCCUGGCCACAUCAAAAAGGGUUGUUUGUAUCCAGAGCUAGCCGGAGUUCAGAUAUCUCAACAAGUGCCUGCGGGUCCCUAAUAUUUUUAAGUGUCUAAUUGGCAAGGGAGUGAUGGGUUUUUUCCUAGACAAAUUAGUCUGGAAUAAAUCCAGUAGAUCCGUAUUUUAUGUGCAUUCAGUUCCAUUCAGACAUGCAAGGCAAUUCUGAUGGCGGGAACAGGAAGCAGCGAGAUGGAUUCUGAAUUUCAGGAUUAAAACCACUGCCUACAGUAGGUCUCCUGGACAGUGCACGCCAAAACACCUCUGGCCAUCAGUGAGAGCCUUCCGUAGCUCAAAUGGAGGUAUCUGCUCCUGUCUUUAGUCCUAGUGUGACAGAAUUGGCAAGUGUCUAUCCGGGUCCCUUCCCGUGUUGGCGCACACGGAUUGCAACACAACACUUUCAUUAAACCUGAAAUGUGAUGUACUUCGGGAGACUAGGAGUCAAGGUCGACUAUCACUUUCAAAUUGGUAGGAAAUCACAGUUAUUCACAUUUCUGUUAGGUCUAAACCUUACGCAGUUUUAAGUAACCUCCUCUUAUAACCUGCAAUUUCUAAUACGAUUGGAAAACGUGACUCGAAACCAAUUUAUCGUAAAAAUGCAGUCGCUAGUAAAUCUUUUCCAUCCGAACAAAUAAAAUAUCCUAGCCUACCGAAAUCACAGAAGUCUGGAAGUGUAGGUAAUCCUGUGUUGAAAAUGUGGCUGUUCGUAAGUCCAGCAUGUUGUUCAUAAGUCCAGAAUGGAGAGAAAUAUUCUCCUCCCCUCGUGAAAUAAUUUUUUACCAAGCUGUUUUAUUUUCAUUUGCUGUGUUCAAAAGUAAGUCGAUUCUCCUUUGAAGAGGAUUUUUUUUUUUACAAAAAGGAAAGUUUAGUUGGUGCAGUAUGUAUGAAAG